AUAACAAAAAGAGGGAUCAUGAUGAACUCUACACAGCUUUCAUACUUUACACUUGCUGCCUAUUUUGACACUGGACUGUUUAAAUACUUAUUUUUCAUUAUUGCUAUGUUUUUAUAUGCUAUGAUUCUUUGUACCAAUGUGUUGCUGAUAGUGAUUAUCUGUAUGAACAGAAGUUUACAUGAACCUAUGUACCUGUUUCUGUGCAGCCUGUUUGUAAAUGAACUGUAUGGUAGUACAGGGUUGUUUCCAUUCCUUCUGCUUCAGAUCCUCUCUGACAUUCACACUGUUUCUGUUCCCUUUUGUUUCCUGCAGAUUUACUGUGUGCAUUCAUAUGGAGGUGUAGAAUAUUUAAACUUAGCCAUCAUGUCUUAUGACAGAUACCUCGCUAUCUGUUAUCCUCUUCAAUAUAACACACGUAUGACAUCUCACAAGAUUGCCAUACUUAUUGCUGUAAUAUGGUUAUACCCUUUGCUUGCAUGUGUUAUCAUGAUUUCUUUGAGUUCACCUUUACAGCUGUGUGGAAACAUCAUUUACAAAGUUUAUUGUGACAACUAUUCUAUUGUCAAGCUGGCCUGCUCUGACACCAGUGUGAUUAACAUCUAUGGACUUUUCGCUACUUUUGGUACAAUCAUUUGUCCUCUCAUUUUAAUUAUUUUCACUUACAUGAAGAUUCUUAAAGUCUGUUUUUCUGGUUCUAAACAGACCAGACAAAAAGCUGUCAGUACCUGCACACCUCACCUUGCUUCUCUGCUCAACUUUUCUUUUGGAGCUAGCUUUGAAAUAUUACAGAGCAGGUUUAAUAUGAACAGUGUACCUAAUAUGUUGCGAAUAUUUUUAUCUUUAUACUGGCUUACAUGCCAGCCACUCUUCAAUCCUGUAAUGUAUGGACUGAAUAUGUCUAACAUCCGUAAUAUAUGUAAAAGUCUGCUCUUUUCUGAAAUGUACAUUCCCUCAGGUUAA